AUGCAAAUUUCUAAAGAGAAAAGGAUGGGAGCAAUGCUGACAAUUUUGUCUGUUGUAGAUUUUGGAUAUUGUUUUGAUAAUAUUACAUAUAUCACUUUAAUACUUUCUUGUGUUCUAAUUAUAUGUAGUAUUGUCAGUGUGUUAUUUGCGAAUAAAAAAAUUUUAUCUCUAAUAAUAAUCACUUUGUAUUAUGUAAAAGAAUUAACAUUAUAUGGACCAACUCUGACAUGGCCAGUAUUAUAUCUUUUUAAACUUAUUGGAUCUCAAAACUACAUUUUUUUAUUACUAUUUUCCAAUCAAAUAGUAUUCAAUUAUAUCGAUUCGAUAUGGGUUUAUAAUGUCAAAAGAAGGGAUCACUACUUCAUAUAAUUAACAUUUAUAUUAUUAUUGGAAGGUUAUUCCCAAUAUGCUAAAAAGAAAACUUAUUACUAAUGCAGACGGCUGUUGAGAAAGAAAUUUAAAUAAGAAUUCGUUCUUUAAAUUUUUGAUAUCAAUUAAAGGAAUAUCACUGAAAAUGCUAAUUUUUUACCUGUUACAAAUAAGCUAUAAACAGAAAACACUUUAAUUGGAAGUCCUAGAGGGGAUAAAAUUAAUUUAAUUUAAGAUGAUAAGGACAUUCAUUAUAAAUUAUUCUUAAAUAAUGAACAAGGUUUUUCAUCAGAAUUCAACUAAUAGCCAAUUUAAUAAUAAAUAAUUUUUAAGUCAACUAAAGAAUUAUUAUAAUUCUUAUUAAAAAAUAAUCAUUAUUUUAUAUUAGCAAUAUAAAAUGACCCACUUCUUAAUGUCAAAUUUUCAUAUUAAGUUAGAUAUUUUGAAUAUAAAAAUCGCCAAAUUCUGGCAUUUUCAAGAAUAGAUAAUUGUUUAUUUGCGAGAUAAAAUCAAAAGAUCUUAAAAUACAAGCAAAACCUAAUUAAUAUUUUUAACCAUAAAUUAAAAACUCCUCUCAAUAGUGCAAUAGGACAUCUCAUUACAGCAUAAGAGGAUGAUUAAAUAAUUGAUUAAGUUAAAAAAUUAUACUUGUAGCCAGCUCUUUUGAAUUGUAGAUUAUAACUAUACUUGGUUUAAGACAUUUUAGAUUAUUUAUCUAUUGAAAUCGAAUAAUUACCAUUAAUGAACAACAAAACCAACUUGAAAACCUUAUUACUAGAAGUUUAUGAUCUAAUAGAAAUUUAAUGUAAAUUGAAAAAUAUAAAUAUCUUGUUUAAGAUCAACAAUGAAAACUUUAAAAAAAUUGAGAUGAAAUCAUUAUUCAUUUAUACUGAUUCAAACAAAUUGAUCAGAGUAUUGUUAAAUAUUUUAAAUAACUCUUAUAGAUAUACAGAUGAAGGAGGUUCUAUUGUUUUGGAAGUUAGAUUAGAUUAAAUGAAUAAAAUUACUUAUUUUUCAAUUACAGAUAAUGGACAAGGUAUGGAUGAAGAACAAAUUAACAAAUUAAAUUAUUAAUUGAAGUCAUUCGACAGCACAACCUUUAACAAAUUAAAUAAACAAUAAGACGAUAAUCGUACAAUAAAACUAGGAUUAAGUUUAUUUCUAGCUAAUAAACUUAUAAAAUUGUUGAGUGGGGAUAGUAGUUUUUUAUAAUUAAGAGUAACUAAUAAUUAAUUACUUUUCACUUUUUCAAUUAAUGAUAUACAUGAAAUUUAAUCUGCAAGCUCACUUGGAAAAUCUAAACAUAAUAGUUUUGUAAAAUAGAAAUCAUUAAGAGUCUUAAAUAAUAUUCAAUUUAACAGUUAAUCAAGCCCAAGAAUCUCAAAGUUUAAGUAAUGCUCAUAAAGAUAAAUUGAUCUUAAGAAUUAUAAUUCCUUACGAUUAAUUUAUUAAUCGGAAAUUCACAAUGAACCACAACCAUAAGUUCCUAAUAGGAUUGCAAUUCACCAAAACAAUCCAAAAUUUCACCAUCAAAGACAAAGAAUGAAAACAAAGAAAAGAUCUUUAGAGUAUUAAUUUAAAUCAAGAGCAACCAGUUUUAGAACACAUCAAAUUGAGUAAAUAAUUCUGCCAGAAUAAAUGUAGUAAUAGUAGCGUUUAAUUUAAAAUGAGGAAUAUAUUUUGAUAGUGGAUGAUGAGCCUUUCAAUCAUGAAACUUUAUGUAUGAUGUUAAAAAAUAUGGGAUUUAAGAACUUUUUAAAAGCCUUUAAUGGUUAGCAAUGUCUUGAUAUUGUACUUGAGAAUCAUAAUAAAAUAUAUAUGAUUAUGAUGGAUAUUGAUAUGCCAAUAAUGAAUGGAAUAGACACAACAAAAUAAUUAGAAAGUUUAAUCAGCAAUAAUAAAAUAUGUUACAUUCCAAUAAUUGGAUGCACUGCUCAUGAAGACUAUGAUUCUCAUUUACAAUGUUUUGAUGCAGGAAUGAUACAUGUAGUUGUGAAACCUGUGUUUAUAAAAUCAAUUAAAGAAGCUAUUAAUAAAAUCUCUGAACUAAAAUCAAAUGAAACUAUUAAAGAAGACACAUCAUCUGAUGUUAUUAAUAGGAUAUAAUCUUAAUCUUUCAGUUCUCAAUGA